AUGGGAGAAAUUUUGUAUCAUGAUGUCAUCCAUCCGUGCUUAGCAAAGUCAUGUCCUAGUGACAGAGCUUCCCAGGUGUUGAAGCAUGCUCUCACCCUUCAUAAAUGUGAGACAAUAGCUGUGGGGAAUGGAAUUGGCUGUCGAGAAGUGGAGAAGUGGCUGUCAGGAUUGAUUCAAAUGGGGCAUUUUUCUCCAUUGAAUGUUUCCUACACAAUAGUAAAUGAAUCUGGAGUCUCAAUAUAUUCAUGCUCCAAGGAGGCUAAAGCCGAGUUUUCAUCUCUUGAUCCUACCCUCAUCAGUGCUGUUUCUUUGGCAAGGCGAUUGCAGGAUCCUCUGUCAGAGUAUGUGAAAGUAGAACCACAGCAUCUGGGUGUUGGAAUGUACCAACAUGAUAUAUCACAGACCAGUCUGCGUUUGAAACUGCAGUCAGUCGUUGUAGAUUGUGUGUCAUUUGUUGGUGCUGAUCUCAACAGUGCAUCUGAAGUCAUCCUCCAGAAGGUGUCUGGUCUUAAUCAAGGGACAGCCAAGAGAAUUGUUGAGUGGAGAAAGGAAAAUGGGCCUUUCAUCAAUCGGACUCAAUUACACCUUGUCAAAGGGAUUGGACCAAAAGCUUUUCAACAGAGUAUUGGAUUCCUCCGCAUUCUUCCUCCUUCCUUACAUCCACCAAUACCACUGCUGUCAGCAAAAUCUUCAAAUAAUACAAAAUUGAUCCAGCCUAAGAACAAGAAGCUUCCUGUUGUCAUUCAUCAAACCCCAGAGCCACUGGACCGAACAUGGAUUCAUCCAGAAACAUAUUUCAUUGCCAAUGGCAUCAUGAAGCUGAUAGGAGUUGAUCCUGCAGGGAUUGGAUCUGAGAGCUUCAUUCAAAAGGUGAAUGCCUUCAAGGAACAUGCAGACAUUCCUGGUCUGGCAUCAGAAUUUGGAGGUGGGGAGCCAACUAUUGAGUUCAUCUUGCUGGGUCUAUCCCAGCAAAUAGAUGCAGACUUUCGGUCACAGUUUGAGAAACCUCUGUUCCGACAAGGUCUCGUGUCCAUGAGACAGAUCUCUCCAGGUCAUGUUCUGUCUGGUCAAGUGAAGAAUGUUACCCAUUUCGGUGCCUUUGUGGAUGUUGGCAUGGAGACAGAUGGAUUGAUUCAUGAAAGUAGACUCCAUCAUCUCCCAUUUUCCAUACAGGUUUCAGACCGGAUUGAGGUACGCGUAUUGCAUGUUGACCAGCAGCGAAAGCGUAUUCAACUUGAUUUUGUUGCUCUACUCUCCUAAGUUCAUCCAACUCCAAUUCAGUUAUGCCCUUGUGAUUUAUGAAGCUUUCAGCCAUAAAAAAAAACAUGUGUUAACUCAGUUGUCAUGAAAACUACAUCAGGAAGAAGUUGAUUACAUAUAUGCUCUUGCACUCAUUCUGCAGGAGUAUCUGAAUUUUUUUGUGGAACUUGAAAAGCUUAGUAAAAUAAUAAUGCCAUUUAUAAUUAAGAAUAAGGUCACUCAUUACUGCUGACAGUUUGAGAAGUAUAUCAUACAGUUUGUCACUAUCUUUACAUCAGAAACUACUACAGUCUUACCUCUAUUGGAGGGUUGGCACGUUAGCGAUAUCUAUAAUGCAGUCUUGCACACCUGUUUGUAUGAAGCCCUAUUACACCGAUUUCACAAAAACCAUGAGAGAAUUAAUGAAUAUUUCAUCACUAGAAAAGUGACUCAGCACAUGAACAUUCGGCGCCAUGAACUCAUCUGAAGAGAAUCAAGUGAAAAUUCCAUAUUUCUCAUUAUUUUCUACUUGGUGUGACUGCAGUCCUUUUGUAUAUGAAAUAGCCCAAAUAUAUUCUUGUCAAAACAGCC